AUGAUCAAGACACUCAGCCACCACCACCGUACCGCCACAUUCCGAUGGCAAAGUCGUCGCAAAAUAUCUUUUCGAAGGCAGAGGCUUCCCAUGAUCCGCCUUGGUGGGAAGAGGCCCCGUGGUGGAUUCUUGUUGAUGAGAGUUUUUCGACGAGUGAAGAUGCGGUGGUCGAAGUUAAAGCACUUGAGAAUGCUUAAGAAGCUCAAAAAAUAUUAUCUUAAUUUAAUGAAAGACAUUGCUAUUGGGAGUGGUACAAUCAAGUCAUUCCAACAGAAGUUGCAUUUGGAGACAUCUUUUGCCAUCCCUGUCGUGGGACUUUCUUUCAAUUCAUAUCCAAACAAUUUUUGA